GAAUCUGAUAUUUAUUAGAGUAUACUAUUGCUAAAUUGGCUAAAAUCGCUAAAAACAGUAUAAAUCAAUAAAAUCGUUAUAUUCUGUUAUAUUCUGUUAUAAUCUACCAAAACACUAAUAUGGAUUUAGAUAGUAAAGCCUAUUCCAAGUUAAUUCAUGCACACAAUAGUGUUGGAGGCUCUGAAGAAUAUAUAAGAAUUAUUGUUGCAAUAUUGCCUUUAGCAGAAAGACAUGAUCAUGAAACACCAGAAAUGUGGUGCUCUCGUAUUCGUGAUCCAUUUAGGAAAAUACUAGAAGAGAACUAUUCUUCGGGGAAUAGAAUCCUUUCUAAGAAUGGAUAUAUUACAAUGUAUGGAAAGCUAUAUGUAGAUGAUAAGAUUCAUAAUCGUCCAACCAAUUAUAUAUAUUGCAGUGUAUGUGACUCCUUAGUUUUCACACCUGCAAAUGGUCUUUUUGAGGAUCGCUAUCGAGAUAACCACUUGAAGAGAUGUAUUUCUGGAAAUACUAUUUCAAAUGAACAUGCAAGAAUAAAUGAAAUUCUCCAAUCUAUUAAUAAAAGGGAAUUUCAGAUCUGGCAAUAUAAACAAUCUAUAUUACAAGAAGAGGCUAAAAUUAAUCGUCUUCGUCUAGAGCUUUUCUCCCAAUCUACCUCACACUCAGAAAAGGAUAAAUUGGCAUCGAUAUCACAUGAUUAUGAUACUCGUACAAUUCUCUAUAAAGCUUAUGCACAGGCUAAAGCAACUAUAGCAGAAAAUACUAUGCCUAGUGCUCCAAAUUUUGAGCCAGCUUGUAUUUCUGUUACCUCUGGUAACCAAGAAAUGAUUCCACCAACUUCUUAUCAGUCAUCGAAUUGCAAAAGUGAUACAGGUGAAAUAUUUAUCUCGUCUCGGUAUGCAAAACAGCCAAAAGGCACUGCGUUGAGAUUGAAGGAUGGAACACUAAUCACAAUUGUCUAACUAACUUGACUGAUUCUGAGAAAUAUCUUAAUUAUA